AUUUCCUCAGAGGCAGGUUGUUCGGUAGGUUCUACCGGCCCUCCAGAAGAUGGGUAAAGGUGGUGGGACACGAAUACCACUGUGGAUAUCAAUACUAGCCCUGGUCUUCAUACAGAUCAAAGUUCAAGCCCAGGGUGGUGAACAACCAACAAAGUCAGAGUAUGUUUCUCCAUCUCUCCUGCAGCGACAAAAAUCUUUCAAAUCCCAAGGAGUGACAAUCAUUCCACCUUUUCAAAACGCACUGAAAGUAAAGGCUGGCAACCCCUCUCACAAUGGCCGUGUGUGCAGCACAUGGGGUAACUUCCACUUCAAGACCUUUGAUGGGGACAUCUUUUACUUCCCUGGGGUCUGCAAUUACAUCUUUGCAUCCAACUGCAAGUCUUCCUAUGAGGACUUCAACAUCCAGAUUAGGCGUGCAAUGGUGGAAAAUGCUACUGUGAUCACUCAUGUCAUCAUGAAGCUGGAAGGAGUUGUGAUCGAACUGACCCCCAGCUCUGUCCUGCUCGACAACAAACUGGUCCAGAUGCCCUACAGCCAUAUGGGAGUCUUUAUAGAGAGAAGUAACAACUAUUUGAAAGUUUCUGCCAAAUUGGGACUGAUCUUCCUUUGGAAUGGACAAGAUGCCCUCCUGGUGGAACUAGAUAAGAAAUAUGCAAAUCAAACUUGUGGACUUUGUGGGGACUUCAAUGGAAUUCCAGUCAGCAAUGAAUUUAUUUCAGGGAAGACAAGACUGACCCCCAUACAGUUUGGUAAUAGGCAGAAGAUGGAUGGACCCACAGAGCAGUGUGAUGAUCCUAUUCCUCCUACUUCUCCGAUGAACUGCUCAAGAGAAUUUGCCUCCAUCUGUGAGACAGUAUUAACCAGCAAAGCAUUUACAAGUUGUAACGUGCUUGUGAAUGUCCAGGACUACAUUGAAACUUGCAUACAAGACCUGUGCCACUGUGACAGCUCUAUGGCUGACUUCUGCAUGUGCAACACCUUUGCUGAGUACUCCCGGCAGUGUGCUCAUGCAGGUGGACAGCCCCAGAACUGGAGAACCUCAGACCUGUGCCCCAAAUCAUGUCCAUUCAACAUGCAAUACCAUGAGUGUGGCUCUCCCUGCUCUGACACGUGCAGCAACCCAGAGCGAUCUGCACUUUGUGAAGAUCACUGUACAGAUGGCUGCGUCUGUCCUCCAGGAAUGGUAUUUGAUGAUGUUAAUGGUGCCGGCUGCAUUCCCCGCAGAGAAUGCCACUGUACCUAUGAAGGUGAAACUUAUGCUCCUGGUGCCUCCUUCUCAUCUAAAUGCAGAUCAUGUACCUGUGUUGGAGGUGAAUGGUCUUGUGUCACUCAGUCAUGCCCUGGGACUUGCAGUAUUGAAGGAGGUUCCCACAUUUCAACAUUUGAUGAGAAAUACUACUCCUUCUUUGGAGACUGUAGUUAUGUCCUAACCAAGCUCUGUGACAGCAAUGAAUUCACAGUGUUGGGGGAUAUCCACAAGUGUGGCCUGACUGACACUGAGACAUGCCUCAAGGGAGUCGCCAUCAGCCUAAAUGGGGGACAAACGAACAUUGUGAUCCAGCCUUCUGGGAGUGUAUUUGUGAAUAUGAUCUACACACAGUUACCAUUCUCAGCAGCAAAUGUCACCAUCUUCAGGCCUUCAUCUUUCUUCAUAAUUCUGCAAACAACUUUUGGUCUGCAGCUACAGGUUCAACUUGUGCCUUUAAUGCAAGUUUUUAUAGACUUGGACCCAUCACAUAAAGGGCAGACCUGUGGUCUCUGUGGAAACUUCAAUGAUGUACAGACAGAUGAUUUCAAAACCACCAGUGGCGUGAUAGAGGGCACUUCAGCUGCCUUUGGCAAUACUUGGAAAACUCGGGCUGAUUGUCCUGAUGCCAAAAAUACCUUUGAGGACCCCUGUACUGUCAGCAUACAAAAUGACCAGUAUGCUCAGCACUGGUGUGGACAGCUCUCUGAUACUACAGGACCUUUUGCUGAAUGUCACUCAACAGUGAAUCCAGAAAUUUACCAAAAGACCUGUAUGUUUGACACGUGUAACUGUGAGAAAAGUGAGGACUGCAUGUGUGCUGCCCUUUCCAGCUAUGUCAGAGCCUGUGCUGCUAAAGGAGUUGUUCUCACUGGAUGGAGGAGCAAAGCCUGCACAAAAUACACCACCUUGUGUCCGAAGUCCUUGAAGUACACCUACAAUGUUGAUUCCUGUCAACCCACCUGCCGCUCUCUGAGUGAGCCUGAUGUCACAUGCAGCAUCAAGUUUGUCCCAGUUGAUGGCUGUACCUGCGUAAAUGGAACCUACAUGGAUGACAGUGGCAAAUGUGUGCCUGCUUCUAGCUGUCCUUGUUAUUACAAAGGAACACCUUUGUCUUCUGGAGAAGUUGUUCAUGAUAAUGGUGUUGUCUGCACUUGUGCCUAUGGAAAGCUGAGCUGCAUUGGAGAGAAGCCUGAACCAGUCUGUGUUCCUCCCAUGGUUUAUGUCGACUGUGGCAAUGUCACUGCAAAUGUGGUAGGAGCAGGAUGCCAGAAGAGUUGUCAGACUCUAGAUAUGGAGUGUUACAAAACUCACUGUGUCUCUGGCUGCGUAUGUCCUCAUGAUCAAGUGUUGGAUGGCAAAGGUGGCUGUAUUGCUCCAGAAGACUGUCCAUGUAUUCACAAUGGGAAUUCCUACAGUCCAGGAGAAUCAAUCAGAGUUGGCUGUAACAACUGCACAUGUAGAAACAGAAAAUGGCAAUGCUCUGAGGAUCCCUGCCUGGAAACAUGUUCUGUUUAUGGAGAUGGGCAUUAUACCACCUUUGAUGGCAAACGCUUUGAUUUUGAAGGAGACUGUGAAUAUGUUCUGGUCCAGAACUACUGUGGUCAACAAGCUAUGAACCAGGGAACCUUCAGAGUCAUCACUGAGAACAUUCCAUGUGGCACUACAGGAACUACCUGCUCUAAGUCCAUUAAAGUUUUCCUGGGUAACUAUGAGCUGGUACUCAGUGAUGGACACUCUGAUGUCAUCCAGAGGACACCUGGAGGGAAAAUGCCAUUCCAAAUCCGUUCCAUGGGCAUCUACCUGGUGGUUGAUACUACUGUUGGUCUGAUACUCAUGUGGGACAAGAAAACCAGUAUAUUCAUCAAACUUAGUCCCAGCUUUCAGGGCCAUAUCUGCGGACUUUGUGGAAACUAUGAUGGCAAUGGAAAUAAUGACUUCACGACUCGCAGUCAGUCUGUGGUAGGAAAUGUGCUGGAGUUUGCCAAUAGCUGGAAAGUAUCUUCUAGUUGCCCAAAUGCCAAUCGUACGCAGGAUCCAUGCACUGCAAACCCAUACAGGAAAGCCUGGGCACAGAAGCAAUGCAGCAUCAUCACCAGUGAAGUGUUUGCAAAGUGUCACUCACAGGUUGAACCAAAUGAAUAUUACCAAGCAUGUGUGGAUGAUGCUUGUGCCUGUGACACUGGAGGAGACUGUGAAUGUUUCUGCACAGCAGUAGCUGCCUACGCUCAAGCAUGUAAUGAGCUAGACAUCUGCAUAUCAUGGAGAACCCCAUCCAUUUGUCCUCUCUUCUGUGAUUACUAUAACCCACAAGGGGAAUGUGAAUGGCACUACAAGCCAUGUGGAGCACCUUGUAUGAAGACCUGCAAUAAUCCAAGUGGGAAAUGCCUUCAUGAAAUGAGGGGUUUGGAAGGUUGCUAUCCACAAUGUCCAAAGAAUAAGCCCUAUUUUGAUGAGGAAACCAUGACCUGUGUUUCUUAUUGUGGUUGUUAUGAAGAUGGAAAAAAUUACAAACCAGGAAUGGAGAUGCCUUCAAAGCAGAACUGUGAAUCAUGCGAAUGUACAAUUCAUGGCAAAAAAUGCAGAUAUGAUGAACAUGAAUGUGUCUGCAUUUAUGAGGGGCAGAAGUACAACUACAAGGAUGUGGUCUACAACACUACAGAUGGCACAGGAUGGUGUAUUGUUGCAACCUGCGGUCCCAAUGGAACACUUGAAAGGUUUAUGCAUGAAUGUCUAACCUCAACAUCACCCACAACAGCAACGACAUUUCAUUUCAGCUCUACACCACCUACCACUACUUCCACAGUGUCACCAACUACAUCAGUAUGUGUUCAUGAAAUCUGUAAGUGGUCUGAAUGGUAUGAUGGGAGUCUACAAACGCCUGGCUAUGACGGGGGAGAUUUUGAAACUUUUGAUGAUUUACGAGCAAAAGGUUAUGAAGUUUGUCAAGCUCCAAAGGCUGUUGAAUGCAGAGCAGAAAAAUUCCCUGAUAUACCACUGAAAGACCUUGGCCAAAAAGUAGAAUGCAGUACAACAAAAGGGCUUCUAUGUUACAACAAGGAUCAAAUUUCAACAAUGUGCAACAACUAUGAAAUCAGAAUCCUCUGCUGUGUUUUUGUACCAUGCUCUACCACAACGCCUUUCAGCACAUCAACCCCAGUCACAACUCCACCUCUGACAGAAACAUCUACAGAAACAACAUAUUCAGUUACUACUGAAAGUACAACAUUGAUACCUUCACCUACUGAAGAAACAACUAGAACAACAACACCUGUAAGCACGCCUCCUUCAACAAUUCAUCUUUGUUUCAAAGAAAAAUGUUACUGGUCAAGAUGGUAUGAUGUCAGUUAUCCAGGGUCAGGUUAUAAUGAUGGAGAUUUUGAUACGAUAGAAAACAUUGAAAAUAAUGGAUACAAAGUCUGCAACUAUAGAAAGGAAGUGGAAUGUAGAGCAGUUCGGUUCCCUAAUACACCAUAUCCUCUACUAGAGCAACACAUAACAUGCAACACAGAAGAAGGGUUAAAAUGCUACAAUAAAGAUCAACUGCCACCUAUCUGCUAUAAUUAUGAAUUAAGAUUUAAAUGCUGUAUGAAUAUAACAGUGCCAUGUGAAACAACACCUGAAAUUCAGACCACAACAACACAACCAAUUAUUAUUCCAUCAGUUACAAUGCCCACACAAGAACCAACGACACUAAGUUUGCAAACAAAACACAAGACAACAACUGAAUACACAGUUGAACCGAAAACAGAAUACAUACACACCAGAAUAACAUCAAAACCAACGCCACAAACCCAAAAAGAAACUACUACUACCGAAGUGACAACCAGCACAACAACAAAAACUACAACAACGUCCUCCACCACCCCCUGUGAACCCGAAGUCUGCACCUGGAGCGAAUGGUUCGACGUCGACUUCCCCUCCUCGGGGCCCAACCAGGGAGACUUUGAAACCUACCAGCACAUCCGCGCUGCCGGCAAGAGAAUCUGCCGGAAGCCAAAGCAGAUCGAGUGCCAGGCAGAGGACUACCCCGACGUGGCCAUCCAACACGUGGGACAGGUCGUGCAGUGCGACGUCCACUUUGGACUGGUGUGCAAGAACGAGGACCAGACGGGCAAAUUCAAGAUGUGCCUCAACUACAAGAUCCGCGUGCUCUGCUGCACCCCCAACCUCAACUGCUCAAUCCCCGUGAUAACAACCAGCCCCACCACCAGCACCCCGACCACAUUGGUCCCAUCCCCCACCACCACCACAGUCACCACCUCUACCUCCACGCCCUACACCUCCACCACCACCAGUCCCACCUCCACAGAAAUCAGCACUUCCACCAGCACCACCAUCCCCACGCCGACGACGUCUACAACAACGUCCUCCACCACCCCCUGUGAACCCGAAGUCUGCACCUGGAGCGAAUGGUUCGACGUCGACUUCCCCUCCUCGGGGCCCAACCAGGGAGACUUUGAAACCUACCAGCACAUCCGUGCUGCCGGCAAGAGAAUCUGCCGGCAGCCAAAACAGAUCGAGAGCCAGGCCGAGGACUACCCCGACGUGGCCAUCCAACACGGGGGACACGUCGUGCAGUGCGCCGUCCACUUUGGACUGGUGGGCAAGAACGAGGACCAGACGGGCAAAUUCAAGAUGUGCCUCAACUACAAGAUCCGUGUGCUCUGCUGCCCCCCCACCCUCAACUGCUCAAUCCCCGUGAUAACAACCAGCCCCCCCGCCAGCACCCCGACCACAUCGGUCCCGUCCUCCACCACCACCAGUCCCACCUCCACAGAAAUCAGCACUUCCACCAGCACCAGCAUCCCCACGCCGACGACGUCUACAACAACGUCCCCCACCACCCCCUGUGAACCCGAAGUCUGCACCUGGAGCGAAUGGUUCGACGUCGACUUCCCCUCCUCGGGGCCCAACCAGGGAGACUUUGAAACCUACCAGCACAUCCGUGCUGCCGGCAAGAGAAUCUGCCGGCAGCCAAAACAGAUCGAGAGCCAGGCCGAGGACUACCCCGACGUGGCCAUCCAACACGGGGGACACGUCGUGCAGUGCGCCGUCCACUUUGGACUGGUGUGCGAGAACGAGGACCAGACAGGCAAAUUCAAGAUGGCCCUCAACUACAAGAUCCGUGUGCUCUGCUGCCCCCCCACCCUCAACUGCUCAAUCCCCGUGAUAACAACCAGCCCCCCCGCCAGCACCCCGACCACAUCGGUCCCGUCCUCCACCACCACCAGUCCCACCUCCACAGAAAUCAGCACUUCCACCAGCACCAGCAUCCCCACGCCGACGACGUCUACAACAACGUCCCCCACCACCCCCUGUGAACCCGAAGUCUGCACCUGGAGCGAAUGGUUCGACGUCGACUUCCCCUCCUCGGGGCCCAACCAGGGAGACUUUGAAACCUACCAGCACAUCCGUGCUGCCGGCAAGAGAAUCUGCCGGCAGCCAAAACAGAUCGAGAGCCAGGCCGAGGACUACCCCGACGUGGCCAUCCAACACGGGGGACACGUCGUGCAGUGCGCCGUCCACUUUGGACUGGUGUGCGAGAACGAGGACCAGACAGGCAAAUUCAAGAUGCGCCUCAACUACAAGACCCGCGUGCUCUGCUGCAUCCCCAACCUCAACUGCCCCUUCUCCACUCUCUCGACUGCCACCAGCACUUCCACCAGUACUACCCUAAGUGGACCGUUCUUUACAACAACUGCUCCUAUUAUUUCCACUACCCCAUGUUUCUGCAAGAUUGGUGAUUCUAUUUUUUCACCUGGUGACUUGAUUUACAACAGAGUUGAUAGUGAAGGCUGUCGUUUUUAUGCCAUCUGUAGCCCGACAUGUAAUAUUGAACGACACAGUGUACAUUGUCCUGUCACUACUUUGCCAGCUACCACAUCCUCCGAGUGGUCUACAGUAACAACACCAGUUCCUCUGCCUUCUACCUCUACACGUCCUCCUUUUCAUGGUUGUGUUUCCACUAUUUACCCUCCUUUACAACCUGGAGAAAGAUUCAAAUUAUCCAACUGUACAGAAGUCGUCUGCAAUGGAGACAACAAUAUAGAUGUAGUACCAACUUACUGCCCACCUGUAAAGGAAAUUACCUGUGCAAACAAAUAUCCACCAAUGCUGGUACCUGAUGAAAAUGGAUGCUGUUACCGAUAUGAGUGUCAAUGUGUGUGUAGUGGAUGGGGUGAUCCUCAUUACAUUACUUUUGAUGGAACCUAUUAUACCUUCCUUGAAAACUGCACUUACGUCCUGGUGAAGCAGAUUGUCCCCAGAUAUGACAACUUCCGUGUUUACAUCGACAAUUAUUACUGUGAUGCAAAAGAUGGACUCUCCUGCCCUAAAUCCAUUAUUAUUUUCUACAAAUCUGCAGAAGUGGUGCUGACUCGUCAACUCAUGAAUGGUGUGAUGACCAAUGUGAUGUACUUCAACAAAAAGAUUGUUGAACCAGGCUUCAAAAAAGAUGGCAUUUCUUUCUCCACUCUUGGCAUCAAUAUGAUUGUUGAAAUAGAAGAAAUUGGUGCUGUCAUCACCUUUAGUGGUCUGAUUUUCUCUGUCAAGCUCCCAUACAGCAAAUUUGGCAACAACACCGAAGGACAAUGUGGAACAUGUACAAACAAUAAAGCAGAUGAAUGCCGCUUACCAAGUGGUAAGAUCAUUUCCUCCUGUCCCCAAAUGGCUCAUCACUGGAUUGUUGAUAACAACAAGUCAUGCCAUGGAGUACCAAUACCACCAGCUAUAACCACACCUCCACCAAAGCCGCAAUGUCAAACACCUCCGCUCUGCAAACUUAUCUUGAGCGAGGUUUUUGCAGAAUGUCAUACUGUGAUACCACCAGAACCAUUUUUCAAAGGCUGUGUUUUUGAUGGAUGUCGCAUAGAUGAUGAAUUCAUGCAGUGUUCCAGUUUGGAGAUAUAUGCUACGGAGUGUGCUGCUAGAGGUGUCUGCAUUGACUGGAGAGGAAUGACCAACAAUACAUGUUCAUUCAGCUGCCCAUCAAGCAUGGUAUACAAGCCGUGUGGGCCCAUUAAUCCAGUUACCUGUGACCAAAGCUAUGAUCGUCCUGGCUAUGGAGUAACUGAAGGCUGUUUCUGUCCUGAAGGAAUGACACUCCUGCAUGCAGAGAGCAACAUCUGUGUCUCUGAAUGCUUCUGUAGAGAACCAAAUGGAAUGUCCAGAUGGCCAGGAGAAAAAUGGACAAAAGACUGCCGGGAAUGUGUCUGUGACAAAAAUACUCUUAAGGUGAAGUGUACAAAGCACGAAUGUUCUCUGACACAGCAAGUAUUUUGUGAAGAACCAGGUUACAUGCCUGUUCAGAUACCAAUACCAGAAGAUCCAUGCUGUACUAGGACUGAGUGCUACUGCAACACAAGCCUCUGCACUGACAUCACACCCCAGUGCUUAGAGGGACAGGAAAUAAUCACUAUAAUGCCACCUGGAAACUGCUGUCCUAUCUUUGAAUGCAGACAGGGCUGUAUAGUCAACGAAACCUAUUAUGCACCUGGAGCUGCCAUUCCAUCAGGCCCCUGUGAAGAAUGUACCUGCUCUGCAUCCUCUCCCUCAAGGCCUGACCACCUUAGGGUCACAUGCCAGCCUAUUAUCUGUGACACAUACUGCCCACUGGGCUACAAAUACACCGUGGAACCCGGACAGUGCUGUGGCACGUGCAAGGCAGCAGCUUGUGUAGUGACUGUGGGAGACAACAUUACACAUGUGCUCCAUGAAGGAGAACACUGGAAUCCACCUGAUGAUAACUGCACUGUUUACACAUGUGAAAAACAUGCUGACCAGUUCAUUCAAGUCAUCAAAGAGGCAAGCUGUCCUGCCUUUAACUAUGAUGAGUGUGAUCCAGAUGAUAUCAGGUUAUCUGAUGAUGGCUGCUGUUUAGUGUGCCGAAGAGUACCAAAACUUUGCAUGAAGUACAAUAUGACUACUGUCAUCAACUACAAUGGCUGUGUAUCUCCUGCACCUGUUGAGAUCACAUACUGUGAAGGCAGCUGUGAUGCUUACUCACGAUAUUCUCAAACGACAAACACAAUGGUGCACAAAUGCUCGUGUUGUCAGGAAAUCCAGACCAGCAAGAGGAAGGUGACACUGAUGUGCAGUGAUGGAACCUCCCUUGAUCACUCCUACACCUACGUGGAGAAAUGCAGCUGUGUGGGUGCUGAGUGCAUUACCCAAGGCAACACCCAACAGGAGACACAGCAGACAAAAACCUCUCAGGAGCAAGCAAAUGUCAAAAAUUAGAACUAGAGAGAAGUCCUCAAACAAGGGCUGAGCAUAAGACUAAAUAAAGAAACUUCAAAAAAUACAAAAGUGUCAAGAGCAGCUAAAAUUUUGGAUGAACAGAUGAUGUUUUCUGCAUAAACCCUCAGUAUGUCUGUCUACAGAAUUUCAGCUUUUGUUAUCAAUGUAUCUCCCAUUGGUUUUUACAUCUUUUCUUUUACACCUUGAGAGGUGUAAAUUCAUCUUGACAUUUUCUGUUCAUUUGUCUUCAGUGACAUGCUGGACUUUUAAUAACAUUUUCAUUCCAGUUCACCAGGAAAAAUCAAAAGGCAAAUCCAGAAAACAAGUCAAACCCAGGGAAAACUGUACCCCUCUGCUUCUAUAUGUUUCUUGUUUUUUGUUGAGGAAAACUUAGAGAGCAGAAAGCCAUAUAUUUUCAAAAUGAUAAACUUCAAUAUUUUGAACAAUUUAUAACAGACAUAUUUCCCUACAGGUUUUUGUAAGGAAAAGGAAAAAUCCUAUUGUAAGAAGCUGCUGCACACUACUUUUUGUUUACAUAACACCAUCAGCAUAGUAGCUGUAUGAAAAUAUGGAUUUUUAAUUUUGUUUUGUGGUUAAAUGUUUACAGAAGAAAUAUAUAUAUAUUUGCCAACAGAGGCAUAUGAAGGAAUUUUUUUAAACAAAAGUAUAAUAAUAAUAAUAAUAAUAAUUGUAAAUUCUUUCCUAGGAAGCUUUAAAAAGUUGGAACACUACUAUUUAUUACCUUUUUUUUUUUUUGAAAACUGAUUUAUUAGGUAAUUUUCUUUCAGAAUUAAUGUUAUCCCGUUUCUUAUUCUCAGUCAUGUUGUCUGGGUAUGGUAUAUUUUCUUUUGGUUUUGAAUAUUAUUUUAUUUUUGUUCCUUAAGACACGAAAAAA